CUGGAUGUCGUCAAGUACAUUUGCACUGAAUUUUGGAAAUCAGCCUUCAGAAAGCAAGUAAAUUCCCUGAAGACAAAUCACCAGUAUCUUACAGAGAUUGACAAGUAUCUUGCUUUCCCUUGCGGUCUUAUAAGAGGUGCUCUUUGCAGCUUGGGUCUAACCUGUGUUGUUAGCGCUGAAAUUGAGGAGCCGCCCAAAUGCAAAUUUAGCGUCAGAUUACUGCCAAACGAGGAGGUGUACAGUAAUUGA